AUGUCAGCAUCUACACCACAUGUGAAGAGACGGACCACUAAUGUUGACAUAGAGAAGGCCCGAGGCAUCGUCCGCGCCGCCAUUACGAGGCUCAUUCAUCGGCUCCCCGAAGUCGAAGAUACGGCGCGCCUCCUUGAGCAGAAGUCUAGUGAGCUCAAGGAUCUCGACACAACCGUUCAAGCAGGAAUAAGCGACGAGCAGUUCGAGGAAUAUUUCACAGCGGCCAGUCGGUAUCAGGACGACAUCUGCCUCGCGGUUUCCAAGUCCCAACGCCUCAUACGAAGCUCUGCGGUUGCUCCCACAGCUCUCUCCGAUCAACGGCCGCAAACUGCACCUUCAAUAGCCGCCGGUAGCCACCAGUCAGCCACGGUUCGGUCCGUCGUUCUUCCCAAGUUGCACGUGCCUGCAUUCUUGGACAAGGUGGAUGAUUGGCAGGGAUUUUGGGACCACUACCGGGCAACGAUUUAUGAGUGUGCUUCCCUGCCAAAGAUAGAGAAGUUUAAAUAUCUUCUCUCUUAUCUGUCCGGACGUGCUAGGCGAGCCAUCGAAUGGAUUGGGAUUUCUGAUUCCAAUUACGAUACGGCCAUCAGUACACUGCAACAAAGAUUCGGACAACAGGCAGCACUCGUGGACGCACACAUGGACAAGCUCUUAAGUCUUCAUCCUGUAGCAGCUGCGAAGGACGUCGAGAAGCUGAGGGAUCUCUACGACUCAAUCAAGUUCAGAACGGGCUGCCUCAACAACCUCGGCGUUCCCCAAUCAACUUACGCGGUGAUACUGCAUCGCGUUGUGAUGUGCUGCCUUCCUGAUGAGCUGGCCGUCGAGUUUCGCAAGACUCCAACAACGUACCAUUGUCGGAGGGUGGCCUUGACGCUCAGGAGCCAGUACCAUCCAGAAACAAUUACUUUCGAGGCACUAGAAGUUCCAGAGGUCUGUGCGGUUACCAAUCACUCCUUGGACGCAACCCUCUUGAACGAGGUGCACGACCUGGGUCUGAACAUCGACGAUGCAUCGUCUCCCGCAGACCCUGUCGAUGCGGUCAUCAGCAUUCUGAUUGAGUCGGACGUUUACUGGACGAUGGUAACCGGCAGCAUUCGACGUCUCCGACCGGAUCUAACAGCUGUGGAAACCUGUUUCGGAUGGGUGAUUCACGGAUCCUAUCCUCACUCCACAUCUGCUCCGUCUACAGUAGUCACGGCACUCUCGCUUGCGUGCGGGCCAAUAGAACCCUGUGACCUCGACCCAGCUGAGAUGUGGAAGCUGGACACCCUUGGAAUCACUGACCUUGUCGACGGGAAAACUCAGAUUCACCCAGCGCAACAACAGUUCGAAGAUUAUGUCACGUUUCAGGGAGACCGGUACCAGGUACCACUCCUCAUCAAGCCCUCUUGCUGUGGAGUGUUGGCUGAUAACCGCAGCAUCGCGCAGACGAGACUACUCCCGCAGCUUCGGCGUCUUCGAGACCAUCCGGAUCUCCUAAAGCAGUACCACGACACGAUUUCCGAAUAUUUCCUCGAAGGCCACGCAGAGAAAGCCCCGGAUGUACCUCAGGAGAACCUCUACUAUCUUCCUCACCAUGCUGUAAUCCGGAAGGAAGCAGUGACAACAAAGGUUCGCGUGGUAUUCGACGCUUCGUCACACGUCAGCGGUGCCCCAUCGUUAAACCAAGUACUGCAGAAGGGGCCCAACAUCAACGCAGACUUACUGCGUCAGUUGGUGUCCUUCCGUUGUUAUCCUAUCAUUCUCACCGGGGAUAUCCGGAAAGCGUACCUGCAGAUCUUAAUUCGUCCCGAAGACCGCGACGCAUUGCGUUUUCUGUGGCCAGAAGACCUUCCAUGUCCAGAAAACCCAUGCCCCCAGAUCCAGGAAUGGAGAAUGACGCGUGUCCCCUUUGGAGCCGCAUCUAGUCCGUUUCUCCUAGCCGCCACACUCCGUCACCACUUCGAUAGUGUACAACAUAAGUACCCAGCGGCUACAGAGCGCCUUCGACACGCUUUCACCGUAGACGACCUCAUCGUAGGAGCCACAUCAGAAGAAGACUCGUUUCAGAUUUAUCGUGAGGCAGUCACGAUGCUGCAAGAAGCUGGCAUGGACCUCCGCAAGUGGUGCUCCAACUCGCCGACCCUCAGCCGUCAAUUCUGCCAAGACGGCAUCGCGUACGAUACAGUGAGCAGUCAGGAGACGGUGAAGGUCCUCGGGUUGCACUGGCAUCGUCCCACCGACGAAGUUACAUUCACUAUGAAUGGCAUCUCGUCCUAUCUCGCCAACCAGCCCAUCACGAAGCGCACCAUUCUUCACGGUGUGGCACGGAUAUUCGAUCCACUCGGAUAUAUCUCACCGUUCACAAUACGAGCCCGCUUAGUCUUCCAGUCGUUAUGGGCACGCGAUCAAGGAUGGGAUGAUGCAUUGCAAGCCCCGCACCUCAUGCAGUGGGUGGACUGGUGUUCCGAGCUACCGCUCUUAAACUCGAUAAGUCUGCCGCGCCUUCUGCCUUCGUCGUCGACUUCAUCGGACGGCAACGGCGAGAUCCACGUGUUCGCUGACGCCAGCCCCCGCGCGUAUGGAGCUGCAAUCUAUCUACGCACGUUCGAUCCACAGGAACAGUGGACCGCAUCCCUUCUCCUUGCCAAGGCACGUGUAGCACCGGUCAAGAGUGUCUCUCUUCCGCGCCUGGAACUCCUCGCGUGCAUCAUCGCUGCGCGGCUGGCUGCGCAUGCACGAAAGAUGCCACUACUCUCUCCGCUGCGUACGGAGUUCUGGACAGGCUCCACCGUCGCACUCCACUGGAUCACAAGCGCACAGUCCCGGACACCUGUCUUCGUUCAAAACCGUGUGACCGAAAUUCGCCGGUUGACAACAGACUCCGCAUGGCAGCAUUCUCAGCCCCGCGAUAACUGGCAUUCCGAGUGGUCCGAUCGUCCUCCGUCACCACCACCGAGCACUGAGGACGCUCCUCUACCAUCGAUGUGCAACGCUGCGUCAGCAGUUGCCAGGUUCAUCAAGAGCGCCCAUCCCAGAAAAUCACACAACCGCGGCCCGUUAACUGCAUCCGAGAUCGCCGAAGCGGAUCUAUACUGGAUUCGGCAACUCCAAGAGGAAGUCUUUCACGAAACUCUCGCACUUCUUCCCCGUGCCGAUCCACUGCCCCGCUCCUCACGACUCGCGGCACUGCGGCCUUUCCUGGACAGCGACCAGAUCCUGCGUGUCGGGGGUCGACUAGCUGAGCUUCUUGAUUCAGACAGCUUGAAACAUCCUAUCAUCUUACCAAACACGCACCUAUUCACGCAUCACACCGUGAUGCACACACAUGUACGCUUGUGCCACGCAGGGGUCCAGACGACGCUACUUGACCUGCGCAGUCGCUUUUGGAUCCUGAAGGGGCGUCAGGCAGUGAAGUGUGUCGUCGGUAGGUGCCUCGUAUGCCGCCGCAUGAAGCUUCGACCAGAGCACGCUCCAUUCGUUCCACUUCCGCGUGACCGUAUAACCGAGUCCGGCCCAUUCCAUGUCACCGGCGUGGAUUUCUGUGCCCCCCUUUAUGUCAAGCAGGGUCGGACUGUCACGAAGAGUUACGUCGCACUUUUUACGUGCGCCGUCACACGAGCCGUCCACCUGGAACUUGUUAGGGACAUGACCACUUCCUCGUUCCUGCUCGCCUUUCGGCGCUUCAUCGCGCGACGCGGCGUUCCAUCCGUAGUCUAUUCGGACAACGCCCGGACCUUCCAAAAAUGCGCCGGUAUCCUCACUCUCCUGCCCGCCGAGGAUGUGCAAAACUUUGCCGCCAACCUUCGCAUCACCUGGAAGUUCAAUGUUCCCUACGCACCUUGGUGGGGCGGGUGGUGGGAGCGGAUGAUUCGGACCAUGAAAAGCGCACUGAAGGUGGAAGAUGACUCAACACCACAGCUCCUCUGGAAAACUGCAAUCGUAACCGCCAGCCACCCAGGUCGAGACGGCGUCGCAAGAGCAUUCACGCUAAGACUGCCGAACAAACGACAUAUCGUGCGCCCUGCGCAGCGGCUCUACCUACUCGAACCUAGCGUGGAUCCUGGCCCCGGGGAGGAUGUUAAAGAUUGA